AUGUCACGCAUUAUUUUCAUUCCAUUUGAAAGCGUCAAGAGGUCUAUUUCAGAUGAGGAAGCUUCUAUUUGGCAGCAGAUGUUCGAUUGUUUGAUAAAUAAAGUCUCCUCUGUUGUUGGAAAGGUCAUUGCUCUGGGGGAAUGGGUGUUGACACAAGAGGGAAGAGACUUCUAUAAUGAGUGUGUGGGAAUCGUUCUCAAAGGAUUUGGAGAAGAAGGGAGAGGAACGCGAUUCUCCAAAAUGUGGGCUUGUGGACUUCUGGCUGCCAGGAAGGUAUAGUGCUGGACAGGUCAUUUUUGUUUCGAUUAUCCGGCAUUAACUGGUAGAAUUAAUUUUUGUUUAUAAGGAAUUAUUAUAAAAUAAUGCGCUGAUUGCUGCUAGGCAGAUGAUCUAGUUAAAAAGAAAAUUAUCAAGAAACGAACCUUGAAAAUUGACAUGAUUUUAUACAGAAGCCAACAUUCAAUACAAAAUAUAAAGCGCAAGACGCCUUAACUUUCUAAAAUGAAUGUCCUUGAUGCACAUUAUCUAAUUGAAGGGCCGUUUCAGCGGCUGUAUAAUUUUUGCACUGAACACCUACUCCAGACAUGGACAGUGUGGUGGAAAUCUUAGAAAUUGCGUUAGUAGGCUUUUUUUAAAAUACGUUUUCUUAUUUGACAGAUGCAGGAACUUACCUCCUCAAUAACAGAUGACCAGGUUAUUGGUUUUUUUAUGAAUAAAGUCUCUCCUCACGUCCUGCAUUAUCAGAAAUCUGCAGUCUUCGUACAAUCCUCUGCAUCCGACUUCAUGACAUCCCACGAUGUUGUCGAAGGAAGAGAAGCCUUCGUGAACAGACUUGGAGACAAGAUGGAGAUAGUAGUACAAGGGAUGGACACUAACACGGUAAAAACCAAAACAGUCGUAAAAUUAAAAAAAAAAAAAAAAGAAGCGGUUGCAGUAGCUAGGUGUCUCUUUACAAGAGGUUCUAAUCACAGGACUUUGACUGGGGAGAAGUUAAGGUGAAGUAAUUUGAAGCAUUUAUUAAAGAUACAAAGUAAUUAAUAUCAACAGUAGGUCAUCUUUUCUAACCAGACGGAAAAUUCGUCACCCUCUGGAACUGAACUUACCUUCAGGCAACUAACUGCGAGAAAUAUUGAGGAAUUUCAACAAAAAAAAUAUGUCAGACUUAAAAUUUUUUUACCACCCAACACCUCAAACUUCUUAAAUCUUCGUGCAGCCUUAAAAGUGGCACAGUGGAUGUUGAUUACUUCAAGUGAAUAGAAAUUAUUACCAUUUUGCAGGUCGGUCAGUUCCUGACGACAAAUUGUUCAACUUCGAAGCUGUCAGCCGAUGGUAGUGUACAACGCGCGCUGGCCAUAAGGGCCGAACAAUUCCAAGAUCGCUGUAUGGAAAGCGAUACUUCUCCUAUAAAGCCAGAAGAACUUCGAUCCGGAGUACAAGCCUAUGGGAUUGGUGGGUAUAUGAAUAUGUUAAACGUUCUCUGCAUCUGUAAUGACUCGCCAAGCCAAAAUAGCGCAAGAGAAAGCCCAGUUAAAGUGUUCUUGUUCGCGUCCAAGUUCGUCGGGUACAACCACUUUGCAUCGGUUCUGCGAGUUAAUGACUUUCAGGUCCAGUUACACUUUGCACUUCCCGAUUGAAAUUUCUUUCGGUUUUUAACUUUGAAAACACCGUAAAUUUCAGUAUGGACUCCACGGCGAAAUUUCCUGAUAUUCGCUUUUCAAUAUCUCCGCGAAAAAUCGUCCAAAUUUCAUGCAAAACCCCUCACUCGAGAGAUAAUUUCUUGCACGUUAAGACAUUUCAGAACGGUAUUUUCGUUCAGCGGUUCCUUUUUGGCUGUAAAUACCGUGAUGUUUGUGUAUCGUGACAUUGAGUCCGCACUCGGCCGUAUCUGACAGCGGCUUAGCCCAUAAAAAAGAAAUGUUCAUAUAAUUAGCACGAAAAUUUUGGUUCGAAAUUUCCAGAGGAGGAGUGAACGUCUUCCCACAGUGCAUUGCGGUUGUGUUUCUUACAAGAUGGCGGAGUUUUCCUUGGCACGUCGUGUUUUUACGGUGUUUUUGUGUGACAUUUUUACCGGGUUAGAAUCCUAACUAGAGGUAAGUAAGACCAUUCAUACAUUCUUUGUUUCUUUAUCUUUUCAUAAAAGCCAGCUUUACAAGAGCAUUUUUUCUGAAACGUAUAUUUUUUCGUAUUUGAAUUGUGAUAUCCUGAUCUGUCAUCGUUCACUGCCAAGGAAUGGUUCCGAAAACAUGUUUGUAGUUUCUUUUCUAGUCAAAGUGGGGUAUUGUUUAAUUAAGUCCGCCAUUUAAGUAAUUCAGAGGUUUAUCUUCUUAUUUUUUACUAAAGUGACCCACAGUGACCCAGGAAUUUGAACAUUUUGAAGGCGUGGAAAUCGAUCAACUUUGGCGGUUUUGUGAUAAGUCUUACAGAAUGUUGCGAAACGUGGCAUCACUCAGGAAAUGCGGAGACUCUGAAAGAGGGAUUUUUUGGUUAAUGAUUCCGAUUUUUAAGGAAAAUGGCUUAAUCUGAACACUGUUAGAUACUUCAAACAUUCCCAAUAUAUUAUUAUACAGUUUUGAUUCCACUUAAACUAGUAUGGAGUGAUGAGAACAUAGACUUAAUAAACCUUAUAAAUUAUGAAAACAUCUCACAUUCCCAUUCGUUACCCGCGCCAAAUCUUCAAUCAAAUCAAUUUCAUUUGCUUUAUCAUAAGGCAGGGUAGCCAAUACCAAAGAAAUAAGAAAGUGAUUAAAAUUAAAAUCUAUCCUUAUUAACAAAGAUUAAUAGAAGGUCUUCAAAUCUUGAAAUCUUGCCAUGGGUCUCUUUGACAAGAUGUCAGUUCUUUGGAUUCAUAAAGGUGAAAAAAGAAUGGCUUUCAUGGCUUUUCUAGCAUUCUUUUAAACUGUUUUAUUGCCAAAUAAUUUUUAUAUAUUUUGUGAUUGAGGUGUUUAUCUCAUUUAUAUUUUUAGAGAAACCUGCAAGUGUAUAAAAUCAGUGAUACCCUUCAUUAGUGGAUGCUAGAUAUCAAAGUGAUGAUGCACACCAGACUCAGUUGGACUAUAGAUUUUAGAAUGUAUGGAUGGAUCUUCUUGUUACCUCAUUUUACAUGGUACAGAAAGUACCAUCUUAGUGGCAUUUUUAUAUCAAUAUCCAUACAGUUGCUCUCCACUAAGAGUGUUAUGUCCUGCCAGUGAUAGUUUUCCUUUUCAAUAGUCCCAUGGCAGGCCAAUGCAAAUAUAGCACAAUAAUUGUGAUGACAGGAUCACUUGCAUUUUUACAACUAUACAAGAGCUUUAGCGGUGCACUUGCCGAUGCGCAAAAUGGCCUUGAACAAAAGACACAUAGACAAAUGAGUUCUCCAAGGCAGAACACACCUUGGUAAAUAGCUCCAACUUUUUCAUGUUUCUGUCCCGGGUUGAGAACACUACAACAUUUUGAAACAUGACUGACCAACCAGGCUUUUUAGAGGAAAGAUAUUCUGAGGUUAGUUGGCUCAUUUCCAUUCAAACAAAUGAAUAAUUUAUUAAGCUAACAAUCGUUUUUUCAUUGGUUCAAAGCCUUUAAUUUAAUCUUGAGCAAAAUGACUGUUAAAAAAAUUAUUUUUAUUUCUGAGUCUUUAUUAUAGAGUUGCCAUAAAGUUUCUCUUGAUAUUCACAUGUUUUGUACUAAAAAAUAAAUAUGAAUAAUAAAUUUACAGAAACCAUAUUAUGUCUCAGACUACACUGUUUUCUCUAUAGCCUAUAGAAAAUAGCCCGGGAGAGCACCCGGUUUUUUUGGCUCUAGUUUCAUCCAGUUUUUCUUGGUGGGUGAAACUAGAGCCAAAAAAACGGGAUGCUCUCGGCGGUUAUUUUCUCUUACGUUUGUAUGAAAUUUUGAUCUUGUGUACGGUACAAGAGGAAUUGAGGUUAUCAUUGAGUUUGCCAUUUAAUAAGAUUAGAGGCUAGUGUAGGAGUGGCAGUGAGAUGUUCAAUAACAUGCCACAAAUCACGCUUAUAAGACUGUAAACAAAAUACACAUCUCAUUAUAAGCUCCCCAGAUAUAAGUCCCCCUCUAGUGUCUGUUCCAAAAUAAUGUAAUGAAUUGAAUUUGAUUUAUUGUGACAUUUUGAAGCUUAUUAAAACACCACUGAGUACAAAAUGUGUUUUUAUCAGCCUCAGGUAUAGCUUAUUUCAAAGUGCUUUUUCUAUUCCGGUUAUAAGCCCCUUCGUUUAUAACCCCCUCUAAAACCCUUUGCGAAGAUGCAUAUGCCCAGGACUUAUAAGCAGCAGCUUAUGGUAAACUGUAGAGGCUAGAUGAUAUUCUCAAACCUCAAAACAGUAUGUAAGCAAGUAAGUAAAUUUUUUUCACUCUUCUGUGAACUGCCUCAGUCAGAUUUCUGUAUUACCCCAUACAUUUAUUAUACUUUCAACAAUUUCAUGCUUUUUCUUGCAACUAGUUUAAUAUGCACAGAGUUGAAACAUGUAUGCAUAAUAAAUAUGUGGGGUUAUACGGAGAACUUACCACUGCCUCUUCAGUACAUCAAUAGCAGCAAAGACAACUUUACACAUUCCCAUCCAAAAUUAAUAGUUGCCAAUUAUGUGUAAGAGGCUAUUGUUAGGGAUGUAUCUUAAACUAAUGUAGGUUUGGAAAAAGAAAGCUAGCCAAACCUUGAAAUUAGACCAGCCAAAGAGGGCAAAUGCUGGAAGUAAAUUCACGUCCACGCGAAAUUUACCAUACGAUAGGUUUACUCUCUAAUUAGUUUCCAUGAGUAGAAUAAUAUGAGAACUCUGAGGUCAGACCAGGGGCCUGAGGGAGAUUAGUAGACAAAUUUGCAGUCAUUGAUUUCCGGUCUUCCUCGACUCUUGGACAGAUUUUUUUUCUACAGCCUUUGUCUGCAAAAGAACGCAAUUUCUCUGAGAAAAUUUCUUUUUUGUGCUUAACAAAACCAGUAAGGGUAACGAAUGAAUGGUAGCUGCAUGAUCAUCGCUACAGUCACCGUCUCCUUAAACUCACCCUCACCCUUACCCUUAAACACACCCUUACCCUCACCCCCACCCUUGGUGUUACCUUUACCCUCGUUUUAGCAACGCCGGUGCAUAACUUUCAAACGAACUGGAGGGGUAUUUUUAUCAAGGACCUACCCUCUUCCUUACCAGUAUCGUGACGAUAAGGCCCGAAAAAACAUACAAUUGACAGAUACUUUCUUCUUUCAUCUGUUUUAGGAAUAAAACGUGCAGAACAAAGAUUUGUGUCACCAUCAUCCAAGGUUCCCUCUAAACGUAAAUUAAAGAGCUGCGUCAUGGUAAAAAGAUCGCUCUUUAAGCAGUCAACUCUUGAUGUACUAGAUGAAGGUAACUGA